AACAGGAAUAAAUGGACCGAAGACCCUGAAAAGGAGAAUGCAAUACUGGACGAGGUUUGGUUCCAGUUGCACGAGCUGGUGGUGCUCGUGUCGCGCGUGGCCACUGAAGAACUUUGUCAACUUUCGUUUUUAGCCCCACUUCAUUUACAUGUCUUGUUCGUGAUAACUACAAAAUGUACAAUGUUCAAAUGCCCUAAAUUGCUUCAAUGUUUACCUCAAAAACAUAUUUUCAUUUUUGAUCAAAUGAAUGAAUUAGGAAUUGUUUCAAUGCUAAAAGUUUCAUUAAAUACAUUAUCCGAGAGAUUCCUGUUUCCGUCGCUCAUGGUUUUCAGCACAGAAGCAACUAAAAUAAUUUUUAAAUUUAGUUUUCCAAUUAUAUUUUUUUAUUUCAGAAAAAGUCAAUAUUCAAGUAAUAUUACUCUAAAUGACGCAGUGAUAUUGAAUAUUGAUUCUUGUAUCAAAUAUCACACUGUACAGAUUCGUUCUAUG